ACCAUGUGAGAAAACGAAAGUGAAAGUUGCUCAUGUCCUAUAAAAGCGAGUGUCCAGAGCCUCAAACUCAAAGGAAAGGACUGAAGGGGAAACAUUUAUGUUCAUUUUUUCUAUUGGAGUCACUCUGUCCAGAGCCACAUAAGCAAAGCAAUGGGAGGAGCUCCUUCAGUGCCAGCUCCUUCAGUGUCAGCUCCUUCACCACUCUUGGAGCAGCCAUGGAGGGAGGUGUCAAAGAAGUACAAGGACAAUCUUAAGUUUGUGAAAUCUUACCAACCUGAAAACAAACAGUUCAAACAUCUCAGGAUUCUGCUUCAUGGACCAGUUGGUGCUGGAAAGUCGAGCUUCAUCAACUCUGUCGACAGCGUUUUAAAAGGCAGACCUGCCAGUCGAGCUUUGACAGAUGGAAUCUCUGGGAGCAGCUUCACCAGAAAGUACCGGACCUUCAAAUUUCACAAAAAUCCAGAGUCCACUUACUCUUUUGUGUUCAAUGACAUCAUGGGCUUUGAGAAGGAUUCUGACAGAGGAGUCCCUGUGGAAGACGUCAAACUGGCCCUGAGAGGACACGUGAAAGAAGGUUACAAGUUCAACCCUAAAGAAAAACUGAUGGAGGGUGCUGAUGGCUACAAAUUAGGUCGCACUUUGGAAGACAAAGUUCACGUUCUGGUGUGUGUUGUUCGUGCGGACACAGUGUCUGUGUUAAGUGAUGAGAUGGUGAAGAAGAUGAAAGAGGUCAGACUGGCAGCCAGUGAACUGGGAAUUCCCCAACUGGCUAUUCUCACCAGAGUUGAUGAAGCCUGUCCCGAGGUUAAAAAGGACUCAAGCAAUAUCUAUAAGAGCAGGUACCUGAAGGAAAAGGUAGAAGAAUUCCACCAUCUGCUGGGCAUUCCAAUGAACUGCAUCUUCCUUGUGAAGAACUACUGUGAUGAAAUUGAGUCAAAUGACAAAAUUAACGCUGCAAUAGUGUGUGUACUGAAACAGAUGCUUUACUUUGGAGAAGACUUCCUGGAAAAAUGAAAACUUCUGAGGCAAAAACACAGUAGGCGAUUUGUAGGGGAAUGAGGAAAUAUUCAGCCAAUUUUUAUUGUCUUUGUCAAGCAGGCAAGAUUCAACAUAAACCCCCUACAUGUAAAAAUUAACAAAUCCCCUACUGCAAAUAGACGAUUGAAGCAUAAAUCAUGGUUUGCAUAAACAUUUUAAAUAAUGCACCCUGCACUCUGCAUGCGAAAGUACAGACAUAUAAAUAAAAAAAGUUCUUGGGAAAGAAAUAAUCACAUGAAUAAAUACACAACAUGUUCAGUUAAAGUAAAGUUACACAGUUACAGUUACAGUGGGAACUUUGGGUUUCUCUAUAGUUUCUAAGGUCUUGAUCUUUCUUUAUAAUCUAUAAUUGCUUACUUAUGAUUUGAUGCUAUAGACAAAUAAAAUCAAAUUGAAGUUACAGUAUAUAUGUAGUAGUACAUAUACAUAUACAUUACAGUAUAUGUGCUUUGAAGGGUAAACUAAUCCUGCAGUUUUUUGUCUUGAGAUAAUCUUCCUGUUACAAUGAACAAGUUCAUUUCAGGUCAUUUUUAAUAAUUUCCAUCAAAAUCUUGUUUAUUAAAAAUCUGUUACAAUGUUA